AUCGAUUCUCUCCUCCCUUUGGGAAUGCUUCUCCUGCCCUUCUCCAUCAGAGGCCAUCCAUCGUUUGGAGGAGCGGUGGGAUUUGCUCUACACCGUUUGAGGUCAACUUAGGUGGGGGACUCCAAGUACUCCUCAAAUGGCUUCGGAUUCCAGCUCGCCACCUCCAUCGGACUCUCAACCUGUCCCAGCUACUCCUUCACCACCAUCACCACCAGCCUCAUCACCACCAUUAGAGGAAUCUCCACCCUCACCUCCGCCACCACUAGAGGAUUCACCUUCGCCACCAUCCCCACAAGACUCAAAUGCUUCUCCUCCUCCGCCUUCCUCUUCCCAAACACCUUCACCUCCUCCCCCAUCUAAUCAAGGAGGUGGUAACAAUGAUUCACCAACUCCGCCACCACCUCCACCUCCACCUCCACCUUCAACACCAACAACACACACCCCGUCCAAUCAUUCUCCACCUCCUCCACAUCAACUCUCACCAUCAAGACGCACGCCUUCUGAUUCUAAUAUGUCAGCGCAAUCGACAAGAGUACCUCUAAUAAUAGGAGUUGCAGUUGGGGCAGGGUUGUUGCUUCUCGUCAUGAUCUUGCUUUACUUUUCAUGCAAUAGAAAGAAGAAGAAACAAGAUCAGCAAUACUAUCCCUCCCAAGCACCCAAAGGUGGUGGAUAUUAUAACGACUCAAGAUGGAACAAUGGGCCCGAAAGGCCUAACGAACACAUUGUUAGUAUACCUCCGGCUGGGAGCAAUGGAGCUUGGCCAACGCUGCCUCCGCCUUCGACAACACUGCCUCAUGUGUUCAUUAGCAGUGACCAUAGCUCCAAUUUCUCUGGUCCCGCCUUGCCACCCCCACACCCUUCUCUAGCUCUCGGGUUCAGCAAGAGCUCCUUCACCUAUGAUGAGCUAGCGGUUGCAACCGGGGGCUUCUCUCAGGCAAACUUAUUGGGUCAGGGAGGGUUCGGCUACGUACAUAAAGGGGUGUUGCCCAACGGCAAAGAAAUUGCAGUCAAGAGUCUAAAAUCGGGUAGCGGGCAAGGAGAGCGCGAGUUCCAGGCCGAGGUUGAGAUCAUUAGCCGUGUCCAUCAUCGUCACCUUGUGUCACUUGUUGGGUAUUGUAUUGCAGGAAGCACGAGGAUGUUAGUUUAUGAAUAUCUCCCCAAUAAAACCUUUGAAUUCCACCUUCAUGGGAAGGAUAGCCCAACCAUGGACUGGCCCACCAGGCUCAAAAUCGCAAUGGGAUCAGCCAAGGGGCUUGCUUACCUGCAUGAAGAUUGUCACCCUCGCAUCAUUCACCGGGACAUCAAAGGUGCAAAUAUUCUACUUGACUUCAGUUUUGAAGCCAAGGUGGCUGAUUUCGGGUUGGCAAAGCUAAGUCAGGACAACCACACUCAUGUGUCUACUCGCAUCAUGGGUACCUUUGGGUAUUUGGCUCCCGAGUAUGCAUCAAGUGGCAAGCUAACUGAGAAAUCAGAUGUUUUCUCGUUUGGUAUUAUGCUUUUGGAAUUGAUAACUGGAAGGCGGCCUGUGGAUCUCUCGGGUGACUUGGAGGACAGCUUAGUAGACUGGGCUAGACCUCUUUGUGCACGCGCAAUGGAGGAGGGAAACUAUGAUGAGCUGGUAGAUCCACGUCUGGAGAACAAUUACGCCCCCCACGAGAUGGCACGCAUGGUGGCAUGUGCUGCUACAAGCAUUAGGCAUUCUGCUAAAAGGAGACCAAAAAUGAGUCAGAUUGUUCGUGCCUUGGAAGGUGAUGUCUCUUUGGACGACUUGAACGAGGGAAUAAAACCUGCCCAAAGUUCCAACUUCAGCUCUAGCGGUUCUGAGUAUGGCGGAAGCUCAUACAUCACUGACAUGAAGAAGUUUAAAAAGAUGGCAUCGGCCAGCAAUGAAUACGGAAGCAGUGAAUAUGGAGCCACGAGCGACUAUGGGCUCAACCCUUCCUCCUCAAGCAGCAGUGAUCACUCUCAGGAAAUGGGCAGGAUAGGGAGCCGGAGGCAAGGUCACUGAGCAAACUCUUGACAACCCAACUUUGUAAACUAAGAGAUUAUGAAGAAACCCGAUCCUUUUGGAGCCUAAAACCACAUAAAAUUGGGGUUACAAGUACAUGCCGCUCUGUUGAAAUGAUCCUGAAACUCGCGGAUCUAUCUUACCAUCUUAAACGACAUUGAUGCGGUAUAUAGAGAUCCUGGUAACUCAAUGUCGUUUAGGUAGUCGGUCAAUUUGUAAUGCACUUUAAUGUUUCUUAAUUAACAAGACAAGAUGAUUUGACGGAUUGUUUUUAUACUUUUGGGAGCGAAUCUAUGCGUUUGUACCGAUAUUUAUAUAAGUAUUGUUUGUAUUUGAGUAGUUUAUUUAUGCA